CGACAGCUGAUUCUUCUAAGCUUUUUCUUUUGCAUAGAAAGAAACAAAGCGAAGCAAAGUAAAACACGAUAUAGUAACAAACCCGAAUAAAACCCGAACCCUUUGUUCUUUUUUGUAGAUUAUUUACUACAGCAACCAGCUAGGCUAAAUUUAAACCAAAAUCGCAUCUUUGUAAAAAAUCAAUCCUACGAAGAAGAAGAAAAUAUGGCCGACCAGCCUCGCCGGCGUCGAAACCGCCCGGACAGCAAGCAGAUGUGGGACGAGUCCGAACGCCGUGGUGGCCGCCACCACGAACCAGACACGCGCGAUAGAAGAGACGAUCGCGGCCGAGAUCGGGGGGGAGAAGACGGCCGUCGCGACAGAGAUCGUCGCUACCGAUCUAGGUCGCGAUCACCCCGGCAAGAUCGCCGUGAGAAGCACCGCGACCGGCGCGAGCCCGAGAGAGCGCGGGACCAGAAUAUCGUGUGGGCCAAAGAGAGCGAUUACCACGAUAGGAGAAGGGGGGAGAGAGAUAGAGAGAGGGAAAGGGAGAGAGAUAGGCGACGCGAUAAUAGGGAUGAGGGCGCAACUAGAGGCUCAGGACGAGACCGAAGCCCCCGACGCUCCGCAUCCCCGCCAACUCGCAGCCCACAGAGCAGGCUAGACCGUCACACGCAUUCGCACAGCAACUCGCCGCUGCCGACGCGGCCGCGGCCCAACACCGGCAAACCCGAGACCGGCGCGUCGUCGCUACAGUUCAAAGUGGGGUCCAAACAACAGCAGCAGCAAGACGAAGAGGAAGCAUCCAGUGGUAGAGGGGGCAAACACGACGGGCAGGACGAGUUCAAUAGCAGGAGGGGAAGAACCGAAACGCCGGAUAGGGGAGAUGCGAUGGACGAAGACAAAAAGGAGGAGGGCGAGGACGACGAUGAUGAUGUGGUGGUGGAAGAGGACGACAGCUUUAGCGCGAUGCAGGCGAUGAUGGGCUUCGGGGGCUUCGGCACGACGAAGGGGACGCAUAUCCCGGGAAACAAUGCGGGCGCGGUGCGCAAGGAGAAGAAGACGGAGUAUCGGCAGUAUAUGAAUCGUGUCGGCGGGUUCAACCGUCCUCUCAGUCCGACACGGGAGUAGGUUAGGUACCAGGUACCUACCUAACAUAACCUAGGAGAAGUUAUGGCGUAGAGAGAGGGAUAGGAUAGGCUUUAUACCAUGGCAGGUUGCGUAAUCGGAGAUAGGUACCUAAACUAUCAGUCAAAGCAAGUAAGUGAACAAGUUACUAGGAGUUGCGGUUAAUGUACCUUAGGUAGGUAGGUAGGUAAUUACUGUUCAAUACGAUGCUCAGUCACAAAUGUUAGGUUCAAAGUAUGCCUCUUGCAAUUUCAAUACAUUUAGUUACAAACGUCAAUUAGUUGCAUUGAAUAACAAAUAGAAUCUGAUGAC